CGUCAAAGAGCGGGGCACGUGUUGGCCGGCUGGGCGGGUACCAGCAAUUGUCAGAUGAAAGGUACUUCUACCAAUGUGCCGUCGCCGUCAACAUCCCUCACAUAAAAAGAGAGAGAACCGUUUCAUUAUAUGUGAAUAUCGAUAUGCCUCUCCACCUGCUCGGCAAAAAAUCAUGGAAUGUCUACAACACAGACAACGUCGCCCGCGUCCGCCGUGACGAGGCCGAGGCCCGUGCUCGCGAGGAAGCUGAAGAGCAACGCAUGCAACAGGUCGACGCGGAACGUCGUCUAGCCAUUCUCCGCGGUGAAGUCCCGCCGCCACUUGAGGAACCGCCAGCAGCAGAUUCCAGCAAUCAUGGGCGCCGUCAUCGUGAACGUGACCCUCUGACGGAAGGACGCAAACGCAAGCGUGCAGGCGAAGAUGACACCGAUUAUGAAAUGAGGGUAGCGCGAGAACGUGCCACGGCAGGGGAAAGUGCGGCCAGGGAGCUGUCUGGCCCAGUGAAGUCGACUUCCAUCACCACUGCAUCGCUGGUCGAUAGCAGGGGUCAUAUCACGUUGUUUGCUGAAGAGGAGCUGAAGCUGGCAGAAAAGGACGAGAAAACAGAGACAGAAGCAUCAAAGAAAAAGCGUGAGGAGGCGGAGCAGCAUCAGGUACGCUUUACCAGCGCGGCGGGCAGGGAUGCGGAAGGCUUGCUAGCGAAGAACGGCCCCUGGUAUGCGACACCAGAUGGGGACGUUGCUGCGUUGGUUCCAUCCAAGAACGUGUUCGGAAAGGAGGAUCCAGGACGGAAGGCUCGUGAGGUGGAAAGACUGAGUGCCAGUGAUCCGCUUGCGAUGAUGAAGAGGGGUGCCAAGAUGGUGCGCGAUCUUAAUAAGGAACGGGAGCGGGAGAAUGAGGAGAGGGAAAGAGAACUGAAGGAUCUGCGGAAGGAAGAGCGGCGACGGGAGAAGAGAAGGCGAACAGAACACCGCAGGGAAAGACAUGAUAGUAGGGAGCCUGGCGGGAACGAGACCAUCACCGAGACCGAUCGCGAGAUAGAGACCGCCACCGUGAGCGUCGCCAUGACCGCGACAGAGAUCGUGAACGGGGUCGCCAUCAUGAGGAAAGGGAGAGAAACUGCGACGGAGAACGAAGUCGUGAGCGUGAAAGAGACAGGGAAAGGAGAAGAGAUCACUCUCGUGACAGGCACCAUAGACGGUCUAGCAAGGAGCGGGACGACCGCGAGCAUCGCAACCACAGAGAUCGCGAUGGUCAUGAUGGUAAGCAUGAUCAUCAUCAACAUCAUCACCGAUCAGAAAGGCCGGGUGACAAGGACAAGCCAAGACAUGGAAGAGGUGAUCGCACAUAACAUCCUCAUCUUUUUCCAAUUUCCAACGUUUGGAACAUAA